GAAAUUGUGUAAUUUAAAACUAUAUUCGGGAAUAAGAGUACUCAAUUUUCUUUGAAUAGAAAGCCUUUACAGAGUAAAAAAUGAGAAAGUUAACAACAAAAACAAAAUAAAGUGAUCUACGUAAACAGUGCGCGGAAAUCAAGAAAAAAACAACAGCUGAUGAAUUACUACAAUAAUAUGACUUUAAUAAGCCUAUAGACUAAAAAGCAAUGAACGGUGACGCAUUACCGGAGUCCCCGCGGUCUCCGCAACCUGCGCUAUGGGAGAGACUGGGAUGCGCACGUGGCGUCUGCGCACGGCUGUGCAGGCGACGCGGACGGAGAGUUGCGCCUACGCAUAAUGGAAAUAAUGGUAACAGGAGUCGUGAAUCCCGCCGUCGUAUCAAUCACCCCCCCUCUGCGUUAUACAGCGUGGUUGGCGAGAAGCUGCGCGUGGGUACGCCACGAGCGAUACAAUGCGCGCUGUUCUGCGGCGGUCCACGAUGUAGGUACGAAGUACCGCAACCAGGGACUGCGAUACAAGGACUGUAUUCUGAUUGGGUUACCGACGACAUUCUGGCGAUGGCACGCCCCAGCACCGCCAACAUCGCAGCCAGGAAUAUUAUACAACAGUUCCACAGCUGGGGUAUUCGAACGGUGAUCAAUCUGCAGACUCCAGGAGAGCACGCAAGCUGUGGACCCCCUCUCACCAAGUCUGGCUUCACAUACGACCCCACUAUCUUCAUGGCUAAUGAUAUAUACUACUACAACUUCGCGUGGCCGGAUUACGCGGAGGCGAGUUUGAGCGGUCUCCUGAAUAUGGCCAAAGUCCUCUCCUUCGCUCUGCAGGAAGGACGAGUGGCCAUCCACUGCCAUGCAGAAUUAGAAGUGACUUAA